AUGAAUAUACUUCUGGCAGCUGUCGGCAUUGGUGUUUACUUGGCUUCUGCAGAUCAACUUAUAGCAGUCGCAACCUACGCAAAAAUCGGUAACGAACUCCAUGCUCUCAAUAAUACUAGUUGGAUUGCCACAGCCUAUUUCCUGACACUCACAAGCGGACAGCCUCUCUAUGGCCAGCUCAGCGAUAUCUUUGGCCGUAAAUCAUGUCUGCUAUUUGCCUAUACCGUCUUUGCCAUUGGCUGUCUUGGCUGUGGUCUGGCUCAGUCAAUGGCCCAGCUCUGCAUUGCGCGUGCUAUAUCUGGCAUGGGCGGAGGAGGCAUGAAUUCUGUGGUCACCAUUCUACUUAGUGACCUAGUGCCACUGAAGGAGCGCGGAAUGUGGCAAGGAAAGAUCAGUCUUCUCUUCUUUGCUGGGACUGCUACGGGGGCUCCCCUUGGAGGAGUUAUGGCGGAUUCGAUCGGUUGGCGGUGGUCGUUCCUGGGUCAAGUACCGCUGUGUUUUGUCGCGUUCGUUGCCGUUUACUUUGUCUUGGACCUUCCAUCAGUAGAGCACGAUCACUGGUUCUCCAAGAUUCGAAAAGUUGACUUCCUCGGCGCCUUAACCCUCGUGACAGCCGUGAUCGCACUUCUAGUUGGGCUGGAUUCUGGGUCAAAUCGAGGCUGGUCACACAACAUCACCAUCAUUGCCCUGUCCUUGACUCCCGUGCUCUUCGGGUUGUUCGUCUUUGUCGAGCUCAAGGUUGCUUUGUAUCCGCUUGCUCCCGGGCAUGUCAUUUUUGAUCGCGCUCUUUUCUCUUCUUACAUGGUAAACUUCUCUGCCGUUGCUGGGCAAACCUCAGUAAUAUUCUACAUACCUCUUUUCUUCCAGGCUGUUCAGGGGCUAGGCGCUACUCAGAGCGGUUCACUGCUUGUCCCAGUGAUGAUGUUCACUGUUGCAGCCUCGAUUGUGAGCGGUUGGGUAAUCAAGAGAACCGAAAAGUUCUUCCUCCUAAACUUGUUUAGCUACGCCCUUGCGUUUGUUUCGCUUGCUCCUGUAUGUUGGGCCGUCUGGUACCGAUCGACCAUAUGGACAUCCAUUUCUCUCAUUGUUAUGGCCGUGGGGGCUGGUAGUGCCUUUAUCACAACACUUAUUGGUCUCCUUGCCAAUGCUGCAGUCGAAGAUACAGCUGUUGUCGUUGCAUCUUCCUACCUCUUCAAAGCUCUCGGCUCUAGCAUAGGCGUCAGCGUUGGAUCUGCCGUUCUUCAGCAAGUUCUUCGGACAGAGUUGAUUGCGAGACUUCCUGGCCAGGGCGAAGCUCGUGAGAUCGAAGAAAGGGUCCGGCAGAGUUUAGAGUAUAUCAAGGAAUUGCCACCCAAUAUCGCCGAUCAAUUCUAG